GCCGCCAAGAAGGCCCUCAAGCAGCAGCAGAAGCCCGCACCGCCAAAGCCCGCUGCCGCCGACGGCGCCGCAAAGCCCGCCAAGAAGGACAAGGUCAAGAAGGACGAUGCGCCCGAGGAGCCGCCUUACGUCGACGUGCCCGCCGGCGACAAGAAGGACCUGUCCAACCCCAUGGCGGCCGGCUACAACCCGGACGUCGUCGAAAAGGCGUGGUACUCGUGGUGGCGCCAGUGCAGCUUCUUCGUCCCCGCCCUCGACUGGUCCAAGGUCAACCCGGACAAGGUGUUUGUCAUCCCGGCGCCGCCGCCCAACGUGACGGGCAGCCUCCACAUCGGCCACGCCCUCGCCUUUGGCCUCCAGGACACGCUCAUCCGCUGGCGCGUCCUCCUGCACCGCAUGCGUGGCUACACGACCCUGUUCGUCCCCGGGUACGACCACGCCGGCAUCUCGACCCAGUCGGUCGUCGAGAAGCGCCUCGCCAAGCUCGAGGGCCUGUCGCGCCACGAUCUCGGUCGCGAAAAGUUCCUCGAGCGCUGCAUGGCCUGGAAGGAGGAGUACCAGUCGCGCAUCACGAACCAGAUCCAGCGCCUCGGUGUCUCGUGUGACUGGGACCGCGUCGCCUUCACGAUGAACCCGGCCCUGUCGAAGGCCGUCGCCGAGACGUUCGUCCGCCUGCACGACGACGGCAUCAUCUACCGCGCCAACCGCCUCGUCAACUGGUGCGUCGCCAUGAACACGACCCUCAGCAACCUCGAGGUCGACCAGAAGGUCCUCACCGGCCGCACCAUGCUCAACGUCCCGGGCUACGACCUCAAGGACAAGUUCGAGUUUGGCGUCAUCACGUCGUUCGCCUACCCGCUCGAGGGCUCGGACGACAAGAUCGUCAUCGCGACGACCCGUCCUGAGACGAUUCUCGGCGACACGGCCAUCGCCGUUCACCCGGACGACGAGCGCUACAAGCACCUGCACGGCAAGUUCGCCAUCCACCCGUUCCUCGGCCGCCGCAUCCCCAUCAUCACCGACUCGAUCGCGGUCGACAUGUCGUUCGGCACGGGCGCUGUCAAGAUGACGCCGGCGCACGACCCGAACGACUACGAGGUCGGCAUGCGGCACCAGCUCGAGUUCAUCAACAUCCUCAACGACGACGGCACGCUCAACAGCAACGCCGGCCCCGAGUUCGAGGGCAUGAAGCGCUUCCACGCGCGCGUCAAGGUCGUCGAGGACAUGAAGAAGAAGGGCCUCUACGUCGGCGACGCCGAGAACCCGAUGAGCAUCCCCGUGUGCGCCAAGAGCGGCGACUUUAUCGAGUCGGUCAUGAAGCCCCAGUGGUGGGUCAGCUGCAAGUCGCUCGCCGAGAAGGCCAUCGAGCGCACCCGUGCCGGCGAGCUCAAGAUCCGCCCGGCGACGUCCGAGGGCGACUGGUACCGGUGGCUCGAGGGCAUCCAGGACUGGUGCAUCUCGCGCCAGCUGUGGUGGGGACACCGUGCGCCGGCCUACUUUGUCAAGAUCGAGGGCGAGGAGCAGGACUCGAACGACUUCUGGGUCACGGGCCGCAACGCCGACGAGGCGCACGAGCGCGCCGUCGCCAAGUUCCCGGGCAAGAAGUUCACGCUCGAGCAGGACGACGACGUGCUCGACACGUGGUUCUCGUCGGGCCUGUGGCCGUUCUCGAUCCAGGGCUGGCCCGAGCAGACGCCCGACCUCAAGCACUUCUACCCGUCGAGCCUGCUCGAGACGGGCUGGGACAUCCUCUUCUUCUGGGUCGCCCGCAUGGUCCUCCUCGGCAUCUACCUGACCGGCCAGGUCCCGUUCAACGAGGUCUUCUGCCACGCCAUGAUCCGCGACGCGCACGGCCGCAAGAUGUCCAAGUCGCUCGGCAACGUCAUCGACCCGAUCGACGUCAUCGAGGGCGCGACGCUCGAGGCGCUGCACGCCCAGCUGCGCAUGGGCAACCUCGCCGCCAAGGAGGUCGAGCUCGCCGAGAAGGGCCAGAAGAAGGACUUCCCGAGCGGGAUCCCGCAGUGCGGCACCGACGCGCUCCGGUUCGCGCUCGCCAACUACUCGUCGACCGGUCGCGACAUCAACCUCGAGAUCCUGCGCGUCGAGGGCUACCGCAAGUUCUGCAACAAGCUGUGGAACGCGACGCGGUUCGCCAUGCUCAAGCUCGAGGGCGACUUUGUCCCGACCGCCUCGGAGAAGCCGACUGGCGACGAGUCGCUCGUCGAGAAGUGGAUCCUGCACAAGCUCGACCUCGCGAGCGACAAGGUCAACCACGCGCUCGAGGACCGCAACUUUAUGCAGGCGACGAGCGAGGCCUACUCGUUCUGGUUGUACGAGAUUUGCGACGUCUACAUCGAGGCGAUCAAGCUCACGACCGACCCGGCCGCGCCCGACGCCAAGGCGCGUCGCUCGGCGCAGAACACGCUCUACACGGUCCUCGACAACGGCCUGCGCAUGCUGCACCCGUUCAUGCCGUUCGUCACCGAGGAGCUGUGGCAGCGCCUGCCCCGGCGCCCGACCGACCAGACCAAGUCGAUCAUGCUCGCCCGGUUCCCCGAGAAGAAGCCCGAGCGCGACUUUGCGCAGGAGGAGAAGGAGUUUGACCUGGCGUUCGGCGCGGUCCGAGCGAGCAGGAGCAUCUCGACGAGCUACGGCAUCAACUCGAAGCUGCAGGUCUUCUUCCUCGCGCGCACGCCCGCACUCGCCGCGACCCUGCGCGCCAACACGGACGCGCUCAGCGUCCUCAUCAAGGGCUGCGCCGCGUUCCGCAUCGUCGAGAGCGAGGACGAGCUCCCCGAGGGCUGUGUCGGCGAGACGGUCAGCUCGGAGCUGAGCGCGUUCCUCCUCCUCAAGGGAGUCAUCGACGCCGAGGCCGAGAUCGCCAAGUCGCAGAAGCGGCUCGCGUUCGCGCAGCAGGCGCUCGACAAGCUCGAGAAGCAGCGUGCGGCGCCGACCUACGCCGACAAGCGGCCCGCCGACGUGCAGCAGCGGGAGGGCCAGAAGGUCGACGAGUGGAAGAGCGAGAUUGGCGAGCUCGAGAAGGCGAUCGCCAAGUUUGAGCAGCUCAAGGUGUGAGUGAGCGCGCGCGAGGGAGCGAGGUGGGAGGGUGGCGAGGCGACGUAGAGCUGGCGGUCUGGAGCCGUGCAACGCUCUCAUUCUCUCUUCU